AUGGCUAUAAAUACGGACGCGCCUCACUCAACAGGUUCUCUGGGCGUCGCGGUGCAGUCCACCGAUUUUGGAGACACUGAUAAACUUCUGGACAUCUCGACCAAAGAGCUGGAGAGGGAACUCAACAAACAAGCGUCUGAUACAAGUGUUAGCACAGUUGGAACGGAACAGAAUGAACCGAAUUCGGACAGCACAAUCCCGGUCCACCGCUCUCCAUCUCGGAUCAGUUUCAGUCGCUCCUCAUCGCCGACAACCGAAGAACGGAAGGCCCGUAGUUUCAUGUGGUUGGCCGUGUUCUCGUGCUUCUUCCCUGCGAUUCCAAUCAACUUGUUUGCGAUUUAUUUUGCGCAUUUGUCCCUUUCCUUGAAGCAAGAAAGAAAUUAUGUUGGGGCCAGAAAACUUGGACAUCUAGCUCUGUUGCUUGCUGUUGUUUCCAUCGUUGUGGGUCUGGCUAUAAUCCUUUAUGUGGUGAUGACAGAGACUCAAUUAUUUAAAUAGAAGGAUAAUUAGAGCUGAGACCAAAGAAGAUGGACAACAAAUGCCACAUGAAAUCCUUGGGGGAAAAAAAGUGUUAAAAUCCAUUUAUAAUAAAAACAGUAUUUAAUACGUUUGAACUUCUUAUAUGGAGUCAGGUUUGAAAAUCUUG